AUGGGGAACGAACCCAGCUGUGAAGAACCGAUCUACGGCGCCGACGAAGCCGACGCCAGUACGACAGUCGCCCACGCACCUGCUACGGAAUCUGUGGCUCAACCACUCCUAUAUCCAAAAACAACAACAGAACGGACGCUGUACGACGCCUUGCUCAAGCACACGGCGUCGCGAGUGCUCGCUGCGAUGGAUCGAGCCGCACGGAAGCAGCAAUUUACUUACGACGUGGCUAACCUCUCAGCCAUGCUUGCACAAACAAGCUACGUCACCGACAUCGAGGCGGCAACUACCGUCGUGCUACGGAUGCUGGACGCCCAGCCACACCUCUCUCUCGACGCAACCCGCAAGGCCUUUCUCUUAGACACUGGGAGCUUUACGCUGCCGGACGUCGCACCGACCAUUGAACCGAGUACCGACUGGACUGUCGUGAGCGUCAUGCUCGUGCGACGCUAUGGUAUGCAGAUCGCGUCGCAACCCGUGGCCCACGAGACGAUCGCGGCCCACGUUACAAAGGCGGCCGCGCGAUGCUCGGUCGACUCGAUUUAUGCCUUGAGAACCGUCUUGCAGGGUCUUUUGGGUCUCGGGUGCAUUGUCGAAAAGACACUUGCUGGCGGCGGCAAGUGCCUUACGAUCAACCCUGCGUGUCUCUCUGGCCCUGCAUCUGCUUUUGGUGGCUUUCUCCACGUGAUGCCACCGGUAACGCGUCCGAUCCCACGCAUCGACACCCCGCCUGCCGCAGAU